CGAGAGAGAGCGAGAGGUUGCCGCUCGGUGUUUAUACAGUCUAUGGCCGAUGGUCAGUCCGGGACUGCCGCCAUUGCCUAAUAUUUCGAAGGAGUAACCCCACUGCGGAAACUUUUGACGCUCAGCACUCCUUUGCUGCAGAGACCGGUGCUUGACGUUAAUGGAUCCACAUCAAGUUUCCUAGAGAGAGAAUAAUGUGUGUAAAAAUGUCAUGAUAAAUAUUCCUCUAUUACAACAGAGUGUCCAACAAGUACUGACUCAUUCCUUACGCCAUGUGAUGUCAAUGAUGAAGUGAAACUCGCGGGUUUAGUCGCAACAUAGGCGCAAGCGGAGAGAGGGAAAGAGGUAUUUGGAUGCAUGUAAUUCUAUAAAGUCGAUAAUUACAGACUAAUAAUGAAAGGCUGACUAGCUGGUUCGACAGGGACAUAGCUGGGCGUGGUGUUAUUUAUGGUCGUCUGAUUGUGAUGUUCUUCUCUUUGAGAGGUAGGCUAUGUUUGUAUGUUUUCACAACUUGGAUUUUGUAAACACAAUAGAUUUGUCAGUAUAAUCUGUGGAAGUGACACAUUUAAUAUUGUAUUCAGAUUCGAUAGCUUCAUUGUCGUCACUUUGUGUUUAGUUUCAGAUAUCUAAAAUGAAUAUUUAGUUACUUACAUUAUACUGUUGAUCUCAUGACUUAGAAAUAUAAAUACAAAUUUGAACUAGUUGGAUGAAAGUAACAGAAGUUUUAGUAGAUGUUUUACCAUUUCCAGGUUUUUGGAGAGCCUCUGGAACUGAGAGCUACUGAAGCAAAGAUGACAGUAACGUUAUCUAGUUUGUGUACAUCCAGGGCUGAAGCAUUCCACUUGCAGAUCAACUACCAUUAAAGUGAAUGGGAAUGCGUAUGGAUAGCUCUGUGCAGACAUAAUACCAGCCACUUCUGAAGAGCAGCAGGGCCUCUAAAAUGAGUUUCUAUGAGAAGAGAAAGGGAGCUGUUUCUGCUCAGACCAAAAGGACGGGAAAUCCAGAACCCAGCUGUGUGUCUAUGAAGAGUGAUGUAUCUAUGGGCAUGCCACCUGAAUUCAGUGGUGGAGCAGUGAACCCUGACCCCAAGUGUUUGUUGCAGGCUUUUUCCAAAUGUGGAGUGUGUGAGCAGGUUCUGAAAGAUCCAGUCUCAAUUACCUGUAAACAUAGUUUCUGCAGGAAGUGUAUCAGCUGCUACUGGGAUAAAUUCAGUCAAUCAGAAGACUUUGACUGCCCUCAAUGCAAGAAAAGGUCUAUAAUACGUCCGGUUCUACAAACAUAUAUAGUCUCGGGAGGAUCCAGUUCUGCUCUCUGUUACACAAACCUGCAGCAGGAUUCUCUGGUGGAUGAUGUCCUGCAGAGAGUCAAAGAGAAACACAAAACCAGCAUGAGGAACAAGUAUGAGUGCUUAUUUGAGGGAAUCAAACUACAGGAGAAUCAAACACUCCUGAACAGGAUCUACACACAGCUUUGUAUCAUAGAGGGAGAAAGUGAAGGGGUGAAUGAGGAACAUGAAGUGUUACGGAUGGAGAAAACAGCCAGAACACAACAUUCACAAAACACUCAAAUACACUGUAAUGACAUCUUUAAAUCCUUACCCGAACAAGGAUGCGAGGGGAAGAGAAGAAAGCUGGAUGACAAAAUAAAGAUUGUUCUUACUAAAGGAGUCGCUGGAAUUGGAAAAACAGUCUCUGUGCAGAAGUUCAUUCUGGACUGGGCUGAGGGAAAAGCCAAUCGGGAUGUAGAUUUCAUGUUUGUGCUUCCAUUUCGAGAGCUGAACUUGAUUAAAGAUGAUCAGUACAGUAUUCACAAAAUUCUGCUUGACUUUCUUCCUGAACUUCAAGAUCUGGACUCAAAGAUUUAUGAUGAAUGUAAAGUUGUGUUCAUCUUUGAUGGUCUGGAUGAAAGCCGAAUUACACUAAGGUUUUCAGACAGUGAGAUGGUUUCUGAUAUAAAUAAGUCUUCAUCAGUUGGUGUAUUGAUGUCAAACAUCAUCAGAGGAGCGCUGCUUCCCUCUGCUCACAUCUGGAUCACCUCCAGACCAGCAGCAGCCAAUCAAAUCCCUUCAAAAUACAUCAACCGGGUGACUGAAAUUCAGGGAUUCAAUGACCCUCAGAAGGAGGAAUAUUUCAGGAAGAGGAUCAGUGAUCAGCAUCAAGCCAGCAGAAUCAUCUCGCACAUCAUAAGAUCAAGAAGCCUCCACAUCAUGUGCCACAUACCGGUCUUCUGCUGGAUCUCAUCCACUGUGCUUCAGAACAUCCUGGAACAAGAUGACAGUGCAGAAAUCCCUCAAACUCUGACUGAAAUGUACAUCCACUUUCUGCUCAUUCAGAUAAACCUAAGGAAUCAGAAGUAUGAUGAGAGAGAUCCUGGAAAACACUGGCAGUCCAACAGAGACGUGAUUUUGAAACUUGCUGAACUGGCUUUCAAACAGCUGAAGAAAGGCAAUAUCAUGUUCUAUGAGGAGGAUCUGAAAGAGUGCGACAUAGAUGUCAUAGAUGCCUCAGUGUAUUCUGGGAUUUGCACUGAGAUAUUUAAGGAGGAAUCUGUGAUUCAUCAGAGGAAAGUCUACUGCUUCAUACAUCUGAGCUUUCAGGAGUUUCUUGCUGCUAUUUAUGUGUUCUAUUGUUAUGUAAUUAACACUGUGGAGGAACUAAGGUUUUUUGAUUCCCUGCAUAAUUUGCUCAGAGGAGCAGUAGAUAAAGCCUUAGAAAGCGAGAAUGGACACCUGGAUCUUUUUCUCCGGUUCCUGCUGGGCAUCUCACUGGACUCCAAUCAGAAACUCUUACAGGAUCUACUGACCAACACUCACAGCUGCUCAAGGAGCAUUGAGAAAACAACUGCUUAUAUUAAAGACAAAAUUAAACUUGGACAUAACCUUUCAGCUGACAGAUCCAUCAAUCUUUUUCUUUGUCUCUUUGAAAUGAAAGAUCAGACUCUGCACAGAGAGAUCCAGGAGUUUCUGAAAUCAGACAAACACUCAGAGAAGAAACUCUCUUCUGCACUUUGCUCAACAAUCGCCUACAUGUAUCAGAUGUCAGAAGAUGUGCUGGAGGAACUUGAUCCCAAGAAAUUUAAUACAUCAGAAGAAGGUCGCAGAAAACUCUUACCAGCUGUGAAAAACUGCAGAAAAGCUCUUCUUGCUGAUUGUAAUCUCACUGAUAAAUCUUGUGAAAUUGUGGCCUCAGCUCUACAAUCAUCAAACUCCGUCCUGAGAGAGCUGGACCUGAGUAACAAUGACUUGCAGGAUUCAGGAGUGAAGCUUCUCUCUGAUGGACUGAAGAGUCCAAACUGUCAACUAGAGAAACUGAGAUUAUCUGGCUGUAUGGUGACAGAGAAAGGCUGUUGUUGUCUAGCCUCGAUGCUGAGUUCCAACCCCUCACACCUGAGAGAGCUGGAUCUCAGCUACAAUCACCCUGGACAUUCAGGAGUCAAGAUGCUCUCUGAUCGACUGAACCAUCCAAACUGCAAACUGGAGAUACUCAAUUUUGACCAUGGAGAGUCUUUCAGAAUCACACCAGGACUGCGGAAAUAUGCCCGUGUUCUCACAUUUGAUCAAAAUACAGUAAACACUCAUCUCAUUCUAUCUGAGAACAACAAAAAGGCAACAUAUUUGGAAGAGGAGCAGCCAUAUCCUGAUCAUCCAGAAAGAUUUGAGCACUACGAGCAGGUUCUGUGUAGAGAGAGCCUGACUGGACGCUGUUACUGGGAGGCUGAAUGGAGUGGCUGGAGUCAUAUAGCAGUCACAUAUCGAGGUAUCAACAGGAAAGGAGGGAGCGACUGCAGGUUUGGACUCAACGAGAAGUCCUGGAGUCUGGUCUGCUCUGGUAAAAAUUACUAUGCCAGGCAUAAUAAUGCAAGAACUGACAUACCUGCACCCUCAUUAUGUUCUAACAUAAUAGGAGUGUAUCUAGAUCAGCCAACUGGCUCUUUGUCUUUUUACAGUGUUUCCUCUGAAAUUGGUCAAAUGGUCCACAUUUACACCUUCCACUCCACAUUUACUGAGCCCCUCUGUGCAGGGUUUGGUGUUGGGGUUGACAGUGGAUCUUCAGUGUGUUUAUGUUAAAUACAGAAGCUGUGAAACAGGUGUGUCAGACACUCAGACCAUGGGCCAAAUACAGCUUGUGAAGGACAUAAAAUGAGAGUUUAGCUCUAACUCUAAUUAAACACCUGAACCAGCUGAUCAAGGUCUUCAGGAUUACUUGAAAACUAAAGGUACCGUAGGUACUGGAGCAAGUUUGAGCUGAACUCUGCAGGACUGUGGCCAUCCAGGAGCAGAGUUUUGACACCUAUGUGCUAAAAUAUGCUUAAAUUAAUUAUUUAUUAUGUUAGUGUGAUGUCUGUAAGAAGUG